GAUGACGCUCUCUGCCAUGAUGUCCCCCAGCUUCUCGGGGCUGCUCCUCGCCUGCCUGCUGCUCCCCUGCCUGACACAAGGCCAUCAGGAGGCCCCUGAACCCCCCUCUGCCAGGAGCUCCUGCCCCCAGGGCUUUGGCCUCCAUGGCUCCCACUGCUAUGGAAUAUUGGGUUCUGAGGAGACCUGGAACACUGCCGAGCUGCUGUGCCAGGGCUACCCCUCGGGCCACCUGGGCUCCCUGCUCAACGAGGCCGAGGCCACCUUCGUGGCCACCAUGAUCAUGGAGAACAGGGUUAAGGACCCCGUCUGGAUCGGUCUGCACGACCCCAACAAGAACCGCAGGUGGAGAUGGAGCAGCAACGCCCUUUACCUCUACAAGGCCUGGGAGAAGGGCUUCCCAGGGAAUACCGAUCCUAACUACUGCGUGAGCCUGACUCCUGAGUCUGGAUUCCAGAGGUGGAAAGAUGAACCUUGUCAGAACGAGAACCUCUUCCUCUGCAAGUUCAAAGCUUAAAGGGGACAAGACAGGAGGAAAAGUUGGAAUUCUGCUGUCUUGGAGCCAGGCUCAGCCAAGGACGGCCACGGCCAUCCUCUCUCUGCCCUCCCAGAACUUCUUCCCAUCUGACUUCUUCACCCAGCCAUUCACACCCACUUUGUUAGCCAUCCACUCUCUCCAAGCACCUCCCUGGAUGCUAACCUGCUCGGGGGCCUUUUAUUUUAUUGAGCACAAUUAUUCCAAAUCAUAGGUAACAUGAACAUAAAGGGUAGAUUAGUUUUAAAAUAUAAAAGGGAUCAAGUUUAAGCAUUUUGACUAGUCUUGUUGAGAAUUUUUAAGCAGGAAGUCAAGGAGAUGAUUGAAAAAAAAAAACUGAUUACUUGAAAUUGAAAAACAAACCUGAACCUUAUUUAUGAAAUCCUACUUUUACCUCUAUUUUGGCAAGAUGGAGGAAGGCCAUUCUCUAUGUGUAUAUUCCUAGGAACUCCUUCAGGUGUUGUCUUUAUGGUUAGCUUUGUUGUAAUCUCCAUCAAUGUUUAUUUGUCUUUUAAUAAACUUUUUUUCUGACCUGA